GAAGGAGAAGAGGAGGUCAAGGUGGAAGCAGUUCGUGUGGGAGUAAACAAGUUAAAUAUUUUGCCAUUUUUCUGCCUUAUUUUGAUGUGACAGACGUAAUUGGGAGUGGUAGUGGUAGUUGAGUAUUACUGGCGCUCGCAGGAUGGAGGAAAUCACCGUCAACAGCCAGGAAAGCACGCAGCAACUACGGGACACACAGGAUCUGCAGGACUUUGCCAAUGAACCCGAGCAGCUGGAACAGACUCUGGGGAGAGUGUGGGGGAGACUGUUUGCCAUCCAGGAACCUUUUAUUUCAUACAACCUCACCAAGAAGAGUCAUACGUUCGGCAGAGGAGGUGUAGACCACCAAUUCAAUAGCUCCAACUUUGACCGCCUCCUGCUGCCUUAUAUAUCUAAUGUGCAUUUCAAGAUCAUGUUGGAGGAGAAACCAGAUGGGGAGUCCUUGAUCAUUUUGGAGGACUUGUCGCUCAACGGGAUGUUCAUCAACGGGAAGCAGACCAAGGGAAUCAAGACUGUGCUGCAGAACAACUUUGAGAUUGGCUUUGCUAACCCCACCAAGAAAUUGUAUGUGUUCUACGACUGCCUGAAGAAUGACGCAGAGGACUACCCCAGAGAGCUGACUCAGACCUACACCAUCUCCAAGAGGCUUGGGGAGGGUUCCUUUGGUGAGGUGCGGUUGGCGUACAGACAGGGGACACUUGAGAGGUGUGCCAUCAAGAUCCUGAAGAAGAAAGGGACCUGCAUGGCUCUUAACAAUCUGAAGCAGAUCACCAAUGAGAUACACCUCCUCAAGUCUGUGGAUCAUCCAUGCAUCAUAAAGUUUCUGGACGCCAUUGAGACCCCAGAGAAGAUGUUCAUAGUGAUGGAGGCAGCCGGUGGAGGAGAGCUAUUCGAUCGCCUAGUAUCCCGAGGCUCUCUCCCUGAACCGGCUGUCAAGUUCUUCUUUUAUCAACUCCUCUUAGCCGUGCAGUACCUACACCAGCGCAAGAUCACCCACAGGGACAUUAAGCCAGAGAACAUCCUAUUGGCCACAACCGACGAGUUUACCACCAUUAAGCUGACAGACUUUGGCCUCUCUAAGUUAGCUGCCGAUGCCUCCCAGAUGACCACCUUUUGCGGCACCUUCAUCUACAUUGCCCCUGAGCUCCUUGACACAGCCACUGCCACUUAUACCAGCCAGGUGGACAUGUGGAGCCUGGGUGUGGUGCUCUAUGUCAGUUUUGUUGGAGCAUCGCCUUUCCACGGCAACGACUUGCAGGUGCGCCAGAGCAUCCUGCAAGCCAAGUACAGUUUUGGCCACAAGCUCUGGAAGGGAGUGUCAGAGCCAGCCAGGGACCUCAUCACACGCCUUCUUGUCAGGGACCCUAAGCUGAGACUAGAUGCUGCUGCUGCUCUCAAUCAUCAUUGGCUGGAGGAUGACGAGAUGAAGCAGCAAGUGGAGACGCUGCUGCAGACCAAUAUGCCUUCCUUCACUCCACCCAGCAGGAAGAGACCACUGCAGGAGGAGGAGGACACACUCCCAUCGCCCUUGGACAAGACCCCCAGGCUGCCCAAUGGUGAAGUGGGGGACUUUCUCCAUGGGAGGUAAUGGAGUGGUGUGUUAGUAACUCACUCUGGCUUGAAUACUGUCCUGAACACUGCGUCAAGGACCUAUGCUGUGAUUGUUGUCCUAAGUUUGCAGAAGCUUUGCUCUGAGAUAGCUACUUGUUCCUAGAAGGUUUAUUUUUGUUUACUUAGUGCAUUCCAGCAUCUCUGUGUUCUUUGGAAACUUGUUAUGGGCGUAAAUAUUAUAAGUUGCUGGAAAUAUUCCUGUCAUGUGUGAUGUUUCAUGACACACAAAGUGCAUCAUGUUUUGUUGUGCCUAUAAAGGUGUAAGCAGUGAUGUGUUUGUGCUUGUAAUACAAGCACAUGAUUUGUUAAAGGUAUGAUAUGAUAUGCAGUGAAAAUUGAAUGAAUAAUGUAAAUGACCUGAUGACUUUAAAAGAAGUACUGCUCUGCUGAUUCAAAAGUUUAAUAUUCAUUGAAAUAUGAAUUGUUGUGAAAAUGUACAAUAGGACAUGGUGCUUCAUAAGUGCCACUGAAUCUCACUUCACUACUUAUGCGGUACUUAUUUACUGUUGGUGCUGACAUGAGAGGUACAAUCUUAGCCAAAGAUGUUGAGCAGCCUUCCAUAUUCACUUAACGUUUUGUCUCCAUCCUGAAUCUUGAGUCCCCUGAUUCUGAAGUCGGUGGAUUUUCUGGUGUUAUGAGAAAACUAUCAGUGAACAGCCUCAAACUCAAAGGAUACUAUGACUAAACAGUGCUCAGAAGUUUGUGACACCUGGCUCAUGACACAGAAAAAAGGAGAAUAAUUUUGUGUCUGUGUGUGUGUGUGUGUGUAGGAGUGGGGGAUCAAUAAAGUAGCUUUUAGGAGAGCCAAGCUUUACUCGAGUGUUGCCUUAGUUAUUUCAGGGAUAUGACAAGGAACAGAGUGGAGUGUUUAGAUACAUAGAGAUGGAGGCUCUUCUGUUUCCAUUCCAUUGGGGCAUUAGAGAGAUAGAUAUAGGAAUCAUGGUUUCCCUAGUUGUGGCUGCUGUGUUGUCAUUGAGCAGUUGUAUAUCUCUGUUACUAAACACACAGACACACACAUGCACAAAUAAUAUUGUUUACAUAUGUGAAGUAUUAGGUAUUGCAUACAUUUGUUAAAUACUGUAAUGAUAACAUUAAUACAUUUUAGGGGAAUAUAUGUAGAUAAAGAUUUAACAGUAUAGAUGCAUUUUGCAGCAACAUAUGUAAAUAAUAAUACUAAGCUCUUGUAAAGGGCUCUAUAUGUAUUUACCAGACUGAUGCCCAGGAGAAGUUAGCUGAGACAACACAACACAACACAACACAACACAACACAACACAACACAACACAACACACACACACACACACACACACACACACACACACACACACACACACACACACACACACACACAUUCAGAUUGGUAAGACGACAAAGUCUCACCCAAACAUGUCAAACAGAUACACUUUACAUUAAUGCAACAUGCCAUAAAACUCAAUGAACAAAUGGUACAUGAUAUUAUGGUACACACUUGACAGUACAUUACUCAGGGCUGUUGCAUGACUACUUCAAACUGUCAUUGCCAUCAACAUUCUAACUGAAGGAUUACUGGAUUACUGUUUUUGUAUGUUCUUGGAAAUACACUCAUGUGAUGAAGCCUUGAGUGUGUGUGGUGUGUGUUGGGAAAGUGGUGAGAAAUGAGACAUGAAGAAUUAAAUAGAAAACAACUUUGUAAGACUGAGGAGACAUUGUGAAGAAGAAGAGGAGGAAACAAGAAAAUAAAAUAAAGGGCAAAGGAGGAGAAAAAAUAAGGAAUAAGUGAAAAUGAACAAAAAGGAAGAAUGUUGUAAUGCACUUAUGUUACCUUGUCUUGAUUACGGUGGUGUGAAAUUCAGAUGACUGCUACAACUACCACCAUCACUACCUCAACCACCACCAUCACCACCUCAACCACCACCAUCACCUCCAUUAAAAAGUUGAAUUGACUUACAAAGGUAUAUACAAAAAAAAAUAGUUUAUUUAUUUUUUUAUUCUUUUUACUAAUGUGCCUGCAAAUUUUCUAUUAUUAUUUUUUUACUGUCAAACUUGUAAUUUUGUUCUGUAGGCUUUCGCAAUACUGUAAUCUUUUCAAUUCAAUAAUCUAAGAGUCGUAAAAAGUUUUUCAUUUGAACUGAAAUGUCCAGAAAAUUUAAUAUUAAUUGAUUGUGUAGAUUCUACAGUUUCUUGUAUGUUUUCUUCAAUUACUUUUGUUUUGUCUUCUCUGAAUACUGCAAUACAAAACUGAGAAGCAUUUGUCUUCUCUGAAUACUGCAAUACAAAACUGAGAAGCAUAGGUAAUGUAAUGCUUAUAGUUAAGCUAUAUAUUAUUUACUCACGUACGUUAUUUGUUGUAACUACUUUGUAACUUGAAUACAAACCACCAAACAUACUCAGUCACAUGAUAUAACUGUCACAAGUCAGUCAUGUUUGCUUUGUUAAUACUUGACUACAAAAACAAUACACUAUUGUCACUUAUCACUCAUUCACAUUUACUGAAAUUUACAGGUAUUUAUCAAUGACUAAACACUAAUGCUAUUUUGGCCGUACCUGAGACUUGAAAGGCAUCCUGGAUUAGAACAUUGCACUCAGACCAAGUUACUGAAAAAGUCUUAAUCUGUCAAUCCAAGUACAACACCCAUUUCUUCCCAAAUACUUCUCUCUUAUUCAUUUAUGGUGACUGUUGGCAUCUUUUUGUCACUGAUCAUUACUUUGGUCUCAGUGUAUCUUCUAAUGGGAAGUGCCUAUCUUGUGUGCUUUGUGAAGAGAGGAGAGUAAAUGUCUGAUACUGUGCUGUACUGUGUUUCAUUAAAGAGCAGAGACA